AUGGUGACUGCCAACUCAGUGACUUUGCGGUCCUCUAUUCAAACAUCACGAGCCUCUGUUACCAACGAACCGGUCAAAAGGCUGGAUGUACGCCCAAAGUCAUGUUCUAACGCUCCGCCCUCGUGGGCUGACCCACAGUCCUCGGAAACCGAGUCCACGACCGACCGAAUUCGACCGGCGUCAGCCGUUCUUGGCGGAAGAUGUAGCCGUUACACCAUACCCUCUAUUCUCGCUCGUAGCAGCCGUCUACUUUCGGCUCCCGUGUCGCAAACUUCACUCGUACUCAGUGACGCAGGCACCUUUCAACUGGUGCUUGGCAAGCACUCAGACCAGUCAAAGUCACAUAUUCUGUCACUUGAUAAGGACCUUCAUGAGAAGCGGAAGUUAGAGUCAAAACGGAUGCACAAGUAUACGCUUAAACACUAUAGCCCAAUCCGCGCUGUUUGGGACUGGUUCAUCCUCAUUCUAGUUAUCUACACCGUCAUAUUCACCCCCUACAUGACCGCUUUCCUUCUCAACUACAAGGCAGCCCCAGGACACCGUGCCAUCCUCGGCACCGUUGAUAUCAUGGUGGAUAUUAUGUUUGUCUGCGACAUCAUCAUCAACUUUCGGACUACCUACGUCAACAAGAACGACGAGGUGGUCUCCAAUCCGAAGAAGAUUGCAACGCAUUACCUCAAGGGGUGGUUCGUCAUCGAUGUGGUUGCAGCAAUCCCCUUCGAUGCGCUGUUUUUUCGAUCGCAGGAAAAACAGCCCACCGCUCUGAUCGGUCUCCUUAAGUCGGCUCGUCUGCUGCGUCUGAUCAAUGUCGCACGCAAACUGGACCGCUACUCGGAGUACGGAACGGCCAUCCUGGUCCUGCUGACGUCCGUCUUCGUCCUCAUUGCUCAUUGGCUCGCCUGUAUAUGGUACGCGAUCGGCAACGCGGAGCACCAGCACAGCACACCAAAGAUUGGCUGGUUGGCCACGCUGGCCGAACAGACGCACCAGUACUACAACGACAGCCCGUGCUCAGGCCCCACCCUCCAAACCAAGUACAUCACCGCCCUCUACUUCACCUUCUCCAGCCUCACCUCCAUCGGAUUCGGCAAUGUCAGCCCCAACACCAACGCCGAGAAGGUCUUCUCCAUCGUCGUCAUGCUAGUCGGCUCCCUAAUGUACGCCAGCAUCUUCGGCAACGUGAGCGCCAUCAUCCAGCGCCUCUACAGCGGCACGGCGCGCUACCACGCGCAGAUGCUGCGCAUCAAGGAGUUCAUCCGCUUCCACCAAAUCCCAGGUCCGCUGCGCCAGCGCCUCGAGGAGUACUUUAUCCACGCGUGGGCCUACACCUACGGCAUCGACAUGGGUGUCGUGCAGCGCUCCUUCCCCGACUGCCUCCAGUCGGACAUCUGCAUGCACAUCUACAAGAAGUUGCUGAAGGGCACUCGAGCACUCGAAGGUGCGUCAUCACUUCCCUUUUUUUCUUCUAAAUUUACUCUGCUUGCUUCAUUGUUAGUGCGUCACUUCUGCCUACAGAGUUUUGGUCAAAUGAACGCAGAUAUAUCACUUAUGUAUUGCCUGCUUAGUGUCUUCAUUGGCUUCUGGUACAAGCGGUCCUGUUUUGCUCCGGUAUACCUUUCCUGCCUCCCUUUUUUUGUCCUGCUAGUUUGUUCAAAUCACAUGCACUUUUCACCGAUUGCGCAUCUAACGCACGAAUGCCUCUGUGCGAAGCCGAAGCCAUUGUCCAAAUUAACCAAUUUUGGGACACAUCUUGGGUGA